GUGAGGUGUGUGUGUUUCCAGCCGUGAUAAGACGAUCACCCAUUUGCUCCGCGUAAAACAUAUUCUUAAUAGUUUUGUUUCUUUUAAUAUUGUUAAAAUGUACGCGAGACUGAUCUGCAGAUUGGGCGCGAACGCCAGGUGCUUGGCCACAGAAGCCAGUCCAAAAGUGCGUCCCAUCAGCAAGAUCCUCAUUUCGAACCGCGGGGAGAUCGCGUGCCGCGUGAUCCGGACAGCCCGCAAACUGGGAGUCCGCACAGUAGCCAUCUUCUCCGAUCCGGAUGAGAAGAGCCUGCACACGCAGCUGGCGGACGAGGCCUACCGCGUGGGCGAGGCCGCUUCCUCCGCCUCGUAUCUGCGUGGGGAACACAUUUUGGACAUAGCCAAGAGGUCGGGCGCCCAGGCCAUCCACCCGGGCUACGGCUUCCUCUCCGAGUCCGUGGAGUUCGCCGAGCUGUGCCAGCGCGAGGGCGUCAUCUUCAUGGGCCCUCCCAGCUCCGCCAUCCGGGACAUGGGUAUCAAGAGCACCAGCAAGGCUAUCAUGGCUGCUGCUGGAGUUCCCAUCAUUAAUGGCUACCACGGGGAAGAUCAAUCGAAUGAGUGUCUGCAGAGGGAAGCCCAGGCUAUCGGCUUUCCCUUGAUGAUCAAGGCGGUAAGGGGCGGCGGAGGCAAGGGCAUGAGGAUCGCCGAAAAACCGGAAGACUUUCUCACCGCCCUGAACUCGGCGCGCAAUGAGUCCCAAAAGUCGUUUGGCGACAGUUCCGUGCUGCUGGAGCGCUAUGUCCGUUCGCCCCGCCACGUGGAGGUUCAGGUCUUUGCGGAUCAGUAUGGCGAAGCCGUCUACCUAUGGGAGCGGGAUUGCUCUGUGCAGCGACGUCACCAGAAGAUCAUUGAAGAGGCGCCAGCUCCUGGUUUGUCAGAGGAACUGCGUCGUGAGCUGGGAGAGGCCGCUGUACGUGCCGCCAAGGCUGUGGGCUACGUUGGAGCUGGCACAGUGGAGUUCAUCCUGGACAAGGAGGACCUUUCGUUCCACUUUAUGGAGAUGAACACCCGCUUGCAGGUCGAGCAUCCCAUCUCGGAGAUGAUCACUGGGACAGACCUUGUUGAGUGGCAGAUUCGCGUUGCCGCAGGAGAGCCUCUGCCGCUGAAGCAGGCGCAGAUCACUCGGCGAGGUCACGCCUUCGAAGCGCGCAUCUAUGCGGAGAAUCCUCGCGGGGGCUUCCUGCCCGGAGCAGGACCACUGCGCUAUCUGUCCACUCCCCAGCCAAGUGCCGAUGUGCGCGUCGAGACGGGAGUGCGUGAGGGGGAUGAAGUGUCUGUCCACUAUGACCCUAUGAUUGCCAAACUAGUCGUUUGGGGAGAGAAUCGGGCGCAGGCACUCAACUCCUUGGUUGCACGAUUAGGCGAGUAUCAUAUCUCAGGCCUGGACACGAACAUUAACUUCCUCAUUGAUCUGGCUUCGCACCCGGAGUUCCAGUUGGCCAACGUACACACAGGCUUUAUCGAUGAGCAUUUCGACACGCUCUUCCCGCCAAUUGUCAUCAGUCCGCAGCAAGUGAGCCAAGCGGCACUGGCACUGGUAUUUACUGAGUUGCAAGCAGCCUUUGGCAACGGCAACAGCGGACAAGAUCCUUUCGCUGUCACACCCAAUGCCCGUCUUAAUUACACCUUAAUCCGGACCUUCAACUUGAAAGCCAAUGAGAAAGUUUACUCUGUGGCUGUCAAGUUCGAUGGCGAGGGUGUGCAAAUACAAGUGGACAAUGGCGAUUGGCAGGUGGCCAAAGCGGAAAGAGUGCAGGAUGGCGGUCGUCUAAAAAUCCGUGCCAAUAUCGAUAGCAAUAUCACCACUUAUAAUGCUAAUAUUGAUGACCCCAGUGUCAGUUUGUUUUUGGAGAAUGGCAAGCUUGACUUUGAGCUGGUGCAGCCGAAAUUCUUGAGUGCUCAGGUGGAUCAACUGGGAGGAGGUGGCUCCCGCGUGGUGGCACCCAUACCCGGUGUUUUGGAGAAGGUCCUGGUGAAGCCAGGAGACCAGGUCAAGAGGGGCGACAGUUUGGCCGUGCUUAUUGCCAUGAAAAUGGAGCAUAUCCUGAAGGCCCCCAAAGAUGCCACUAUCAAGUCGAUUGGAGGAGCCGAGGGCGAAAACGUGGCCAAGGGAGCGGCCGUGAUUACAUUUGUCGAUGAGGAGGUUGCCAAGUAAAGGGAAUGCUCCCCCAACAACGUGCCAGAGAUUUUGUUGCAUUUAUCUACACCAAUUAAUUAUCUAAGUAUUUAUGUCCGUUUACUUCAGAGAUAACCAAUUGCAUUUAUUAGAGUUAACUAUGUCCAUUUAAUGGAGUUUCGUGUUAUGUUGUCCCUUGGCAUUAAAAAUGUUCCAACCAUCUA